AUGUCGCGUGCAGUUCUUUCCUCUGCUAAGCAGAGGCUUACUCGCCAUUUAAACGAUAUAACUCAUAUAAUUUCGGAAUGCUCGCAAUAUGACGAGGCGUGGGAUUUCCCCAAAGCUCAAAAAGAACUCUACGUAUUUACCCAUACCCAUCAUAAACUUGUAAGCACUAUCGUAACAAAACUCGAAACCAAACUUGAGGGAAUUACGAAAAUCUAUGAAGAGACCCUAUCCCGCAUCUCGGACACGGAACCCCCAAACGAAAACGUUAUAAAGGAGUUCGAAAACUACUGGGAAGAACGUAAAGGAGAGGAGCUAUUAGAAUCGGCGCGAGCGUUGAUACAGAAGCUCGAAAUAAGAUUAAUGGAGCUCGAAACACAGGAAAUGCAUGUAUCAUACGCUGAUGAGUUCGAUGUUCGUACACGUAUGCGCGAUGAUACUUCUCUUUCCUUCACACAAAUUCCUCAAACCUCCUUUUCGCAACCAUUGUCGGACAUUAUGCAGGCCCCACGUCCAUUAGGCAUUCCGCCUCAUUGGUAUCGCAAAGAACUUCGUAUUCCAGACUUUGAUGGCAAUCCUACUGAAUUUGAAGCAUUUUGGGAAAUAUUUUCGGAACUCGUACAUAAACAGCCAUACUCGGACAUCGAAAAAUUAACUAUCCUACUAGAUAAAUGUAAGGGAGAGGCUGCAAGAGCCCUAAAAUACAUUCCUCGUAAAGCAUCAGGUUACAUUGAUGCAGUAAAACAACUCAAAGAACAAUUUCACAAUCGAGAUCUUAAUAUUAAGCUCCUACUAGAUCAACUCGAACAAAUUCCCCAGUCUUCCGAGGACGCUUUUCAGUUGCGAAGGACGGUAAAUGACCUCAUGGCAGUCAUAACACCACUUUCGAGAGCUGAGACACAUAUUGACGCAAUCGAAUAUAAAACUAAGGUUCUCCAUAAAUUUCCUUCUAGCAUUCAAAAAAGCUUUUAUCGAAAGAAUAUGAUGACGCAGCUUCUUGGACUAUGGAGAAACUUAUGUCGGAAAUUCGAAAUAUCGUUAAAAAUAAAUCUACCAUUCUUGGUAACGCAGGCGAAAUCCUCAUCGCAAUAUCGAUGCGCGGCAUGCGAAGGCUCUCAUAAGCUUCGUUUUUGUAAUCGUUAUCGAACAGUAGACGAAAGGAAAGAUCGAAUUCGAACACUUAGAAAAUGUUUUAAAUGCUUCUCUGCACAGCAUCUGUACCAAGAUUGUUCUAAGCCACCGUGUCGUAACUGUAAUGGUCCACACAAUAUCGCGCUUUGCAGGCCUGGUCGUAGUUUGAACCGUAGUCGAAGUCGCAGUAGGAACAAUUCCUGUCAUCGCGACUCACGUACAUCAAAUGAAUCGCAUACUCCGUGUGGUACCUCGAAAGAGAGAGUCUCUGAGAUCUCGCACCAACCCGGGGGAGCGGUCCUCCUCUCGCUCCUCUUCCUCCUACUCUCGCACUCCAUAAUUAUUCAUCAGACAGAUCGCCUUCAACGGAAGCUAGGCCCAAGAAGACGUCAGGCCAUCACACGAUCUCCAACACCUCUGCCUAGGCGUUCAAGUGGCGGCACGUCUGCUAUGGUCGUCAACUCCAUAUCUACAACGGAUCUGACUGACUCCGCAUCCAGCUCAGAAGAGGUAAUUCACCUUAACAAUAUAUUACGUAAGAGCAGAUAUUCCCUCACGUUUAAUGGUAGCGGUGAUAACACUCCGUAA